AUGCCUGUCAGAGACCCACCCUCCCCAGGCCCACUGUACCCAUCGCCAUCAUCUGUGAGAGACCCCCCCUCCCCAGACCCACUGGACCCAUUGCAAUCAUCUGUCAGAUACCCACCCUCCCCAGGCCCACUGUACCCUUCGCCAUCAUCUGUCAGAGACCCCCCUCCCCAGGCCCACAGUCCCCAUCGCCAUCGUCUGUCAGACACCCCCGCCUCCCUGGGCUCACUGUCCCCAUCGCCAUUGCCUGUCAGACACCCCCCUCCCCAGGCCCUAUGUACCCAUCGUCAUUGUCUGUCAGAGACCCACCCUCCCCAGGCCCACUGUACCCAACACCAUCGUCUGUCAGAGAUCCCCCCCUACCCCGGCCCACUGAACCCAUCGCCAUCGUCUGUCAGAGACCUCCCCCCUCCCCAGGCCCACUGUACCCAUCGCCAUCAUCGGUCAGAGCCUCCCCCUCCCCAGGCCCACUGUACCCGUUGCCAUCGUCUGUCAAAGACCCACCCCCCUCCCUGGGCCCACUGUGCCCAUCGCCAAGGUCUGUCAGUGCAGCCCCUCUGGUGUCACCAUCCCCAUCCAGAUCAUCUGUCAGAGACCCCACUCUCCAGGCAAACCCCAAAACCAUUGCCUCUCGAAACUGACCCGCCACCCCAUAAUCUCCCCCAUUUCCGGAUUAACCAUCCCAUCGGCAUCGACUGUCAGAGACCCCCACCCCCUCCGGGCCCACCAUACCCAUCGGCAUCGUCUGUGAGAGACCCCCAACCCCUCCAGAUCUACCAUACCCAUCGCCAUCGUCUGUCAGAGACCCCCAACCUCUCCAGGCCCACCCAACCAAUCGCCAUCAUCUGUCAGAGACCCCCCGCUUCCAAUGUAACCAUUCCCAUCGCCAUCAUCUAUCAGAGCUCCAACCCUCCCUUCGGGCUAACCGGCCCAUAG